GGGAGAGUUCGUGGCGCUCGCUGCGGACGCGUCGAGAGUCGCUGGCGUUGCAGGAGGCGAAUUGUUUACCGGCAGCCCGGUAGCCUGACCUUCCAGUUCUCGUGCUCGGUCCUAACGCUAUUGUUUUUGCCUCUGACGCCGGAAGAGUACCAGUUGCCAAUUUGUGUCGGACACACUGUGUCCUUUGUUGUUGGGCCGCCUGCUGGAGCAGCGGGGAUGGACGCUCGAACGUCAACACUGGCUGAGGGAUCAUCUAGCCCUGACUAUGGAGCAAGAGAUCUUCAUGAAGAACUGGAGCGAUACCGACGAGUGUCUAUAGAAACCCUACAACAACUACAGGCGACUGUGAAAUUCAAAAAGUACAGGGAGAAAACAGAAAUGAACGACGAGAUGUCAAGGAUUUCCGACCCACUUUCCCCGAUACCAGAAGCGCCUGAUAACACUGAGAUGAUAGAACAAGAACUGAGGGAAUGUACAGGGAUAGGCUUCGCCAAGGCUAAAGAUUGCACACUGGAAAACGAACUGGAUGAAGCAAUUCGUACCUGCAAGAUAGUCAGGCAGAGAAUUGAAGUCCUGAUGGCGGAAGCGGCAGAGCUGACCAAACUCCUGAAGGAGGCGGCCGAGACGGAUUCGGACGACGAGACCGGAUCCGCUCGCACAAGCAGGAAUUAGGCCAUCCAUUCACUUGGUACCAAGGAAUACACUAAAGGAUGUUUUGCCGCAAAGAUGGACUCUGGUAUCAAGCAAUACCCUACAGAAUGAUUUGCAGCAAAGACUGGCUGUUUGUUUCUUACAACGCACAUAACCAAAAACUGAAAGAGCAAAUAAAAUUCUUUGUUAGC